AUGACACAACUAAAUUAUAAAAGAGAAUUUGCUCCAAGACGUUUAGCUUUUUGGAUAUUUUGGUUCGGAAGCCAUAUAACAUUAUUCCUCUAUGGUUACUAUAAACAAAAAAAUGAUGUAGAACUUAAUAAGUUAAAUGUUAUUGGACGUUCUAUCUGGAUUUCUCGUGGAGCUGGUCUUUGCUUAGCUUACGAUGGUUCUUUGAUUUUAUUACCUGUUUGUAGAAAUUUAUUAAAAAAUUUAAGAGUAUUUAAAUCACUGAAUUAUAUUAUUCCAUUCGAUGAAAAUAUUUGGUUUCAUCGUCAAACUUCUUACGCUAUGCUCAUCUUUACUUUAAUACACGUUUUUGCUCAUUACAUUAAUUUCUGGAAGUUACAAGAAUUAGGAAUAUAUAAUGCUUGGUCAAUUCAUUAUAAGACCUGGGCUGGAUUAACUGGUCAUAUAAUGUUAUUAAUAAUGGUUUUAAUUUACACUUCAUCUCAUGCUAAAAUGCGUAAUCAAUCUUUUGAAACUUUUUGGUAUACUCAUAAUUUAUCUUUCUUCUUUAUGUUAUGCCUUUAUUUUCAUGGAUAUGGUUGUUUUGUAAAAACUGCUGAAGGAAAAUGUAAAGGAUAUAAUUCUUGGAGAUUCACUUUGAUAUCUGGAUUUAUUUACUUUUCGGAACGUGUUUUGCGAGUAAUUAGAGCUCGACAAGAAACUCAAAUUACAAAAGUUAUAGAUCAUCCUUUAAAAAUUAUUGAAAUUCAAUUUAAUAAACCAUCUUUUCGUUAUAAAGCUGGUCAAUAUUUAUUCUUAAAUGUACCUGCUAUAUCUAAAUGGCAAUGGCACCCUUUUACCAUUACUUCAGCUCCAGAUGAUCCUUAUGUUUCGGUACACGUUCGUCAAAUUGGAGAUUUUACUAAUAAAUUAGGUGACUUAUUAGGAUGUAAUAAAGAUAAAGGAAUGCCUCCAUCAAUAAAUUUACCUACUUUAAAAAUAGAUGGAUCUUAUGGUGCACCAGCUGUAGAUGUAUUUGAUAAUAAAAUUGCGAUAUUAAUUGGUUGUGGAAUUGGUGUUACGCCUUUUGCUUCAAUCUUAAGAAAUAUUUGGUACCAACAAAAGAAUGGAAAAUCAUCCCAACUAAAAAGAGUCGAAUUCAUUUGGAUUUGCCAAGAUAUCGGUUCAUUCGAAUGGUUUCAAUCAUUAUUAAAAACAUUAGAAGACACUAUGCCCCAAGGAUUUUUAAAAUUCCAUAUAUAUCUAACAUCCAGACUUCGUGAAUCCAUCAUUCAAAAUAUUAUGAUAAACGAGUUUAGUUCUUUUGAUCCUUUAACUAAUCUCGGGUCAAGAACUCAUUACGGUCGACCUAAUUUUGAUGAAUUAUUUGAUCGACUAAAAUCAUCUAUUAACUCUAAAGAUUCAGAAAUUAAAAUUGGGGUUUAUUAUUGUGGUCCUAAUUCAUUGGCUAAAAAAUUAAAACGUGUAUGUAAAAAAGCUAAUUCUGAUGGAAUUACUACCAAACGUCCCGAUGGUACUUUAAGAAAAGAACGUCGUGUUCGUCCCGGAUUUACUCCGCAAGAAGACAUAGCUCGAUAUAAAAAUCCAAAUAUUUUGGAACCAGUAGUGAAAAUUAAAGCCUUAGAAAAGAAAACCCGACAAAUUGAUCGAAUUAAAGAAAAAGAAAAUAAGGGAGAAUCAUUAACAAAAGAAGAAGAAAAUAAAUUAAAUAAUUUGGAUCAAGUAAAGAAGGAAUUGGAGAAUCUGCAGAAACUUAAAGCUGAGGAAGUGUGA